GACUUGUUCGAUUCCGCUUGUGCGUUCGUCGAUUUCAGUCAGCCGCUGAUUGAUGUACUCAGUGUUCGUGCUGCUCUCAGAUUUCAAGCCGACCUCACACUCUGCGGCCUCAGCGAUCGUCAGAAGGAGGAAAGAGCAGCCUCUUUUGUUCGAGAAUUUGAUCUUGUGCCUUACAAUGACGUACUCAUUCGAGAACUGAAUGAGGCUGCACGAAGGCGUUUGCUUCUGUGCAUGCAUUUGAUUCGUGAUCCGGCCGCCAUCACUGUCAAUCCUCGAAAAAUGAGAUCGACCGAAGGCUUCGUACGACCGCCAGCACGUCGGUACCAUCCGAGAGUUCAAUCCCCUCCCCUCAGGCAUGGGCAUCUCGGUAGAAGUCCUAUGCUCGCCGAACACUGUGAGCAGCCACCUUCAAUUGACCAAUACUCCUAG